UUUUUCUUUUCCCGGUAAAUUAUAGGUUGUCGCUGGCUGAAUCGUUUUGCUAUUGAAAACGUCAUUUGAUGAACUUUUGCAAAUAACCUGUUACAGCAGUUGUCAGUCGAGGUUCAAAAGUCAUUCUUCACUUUUUCCUCUGAUUGGCCCAGCAAAUUCACCCCACUCGCGUGUCCGUUCAAGUGUGUGAGUUUUUUUUUAAAGACACACUCUUUAAAAUUCUAUGUAAAACAAUCGAAAAAAAUUAUGAGAAUUAAACGUUAAAUUGAUAUGAAACGUGAGUAGCAUUGACCCUUUUAAUGGAAAAAGAAGUUGAUUUCUAUUUUUAGGUUAAAAAAAGGUGCGAUAAUGACGGGCCACCACACAAUAGCGUGUGUGGGGAACUUACAUCAGCACGUUGGGCGAAAACAUGAUUGCGUGACAAAACAAAAACGAGGAGCGAGUAGAUUUGAUUCCACUAUGGUUAGUUUUAAAAAAAACUCAGCAUUUUCUCAUUCGAAGGAAAGUUUUUCAAUUCUGUUCGCGAACCAAUGAGGUAGAAUGUUUUUCAUGUGUAGUUACUAGACAUGUUUUGAAAGUUUUCCAUGUGACAGUGGCGUGACUUCUUUUUUCCGGUAUUGCGUAAGCUGCUUGGGUUUUUCCCAAUCUUCCAAUCAAAAUGCGCAAAUUUCGUUUACGUAACUGUUGAUUGGCGUUGAGCGUCACAGAGGCACGUGCGACUUGCAGGGCUGAUGUAAACAGAGGAUCGUGAAGGGAGAAUUAAACCGGUUUCUCCAGCGAAGGACUUCACAUUUUUCUCUCUUUCUGUGAUCUAUGAAUCUUUUUAUUACCCUAACUCAGAAUCAUGCUUGAGAAAGUCAAUUCUCAAUCAAGUAGUAAAGACGAUGCUUCAAGAAGUUUAUGGAUUUUUGGCUACGGUUCUUUGAUUUGGAAACCCGAUUUUCCUUUCGAAUAUUGUGCUGUUGGGCAUAUCGAUGGAUUUGUUCGGCGAUUUUAUCAGGGAAGCACUUGGCAUCGUGGGGAUUCGGAAAAGCCAGGGAGAGUGGUAACCUUGGUUGAGGAAAAACAGGGCCGCGUGUGGGGGAUCGCAUACAAGGUAGCGAGUGUAAACGCAAAUCUUGCCUUGGGAAAACUCAACGAACGCGAGAUAGCUCUCGGCGGCUAUGAUCUUCAUCAUUUAUCGUUCAGUUGCAACGAGAAACCCUCACACAGAUUUAACGUGCUGGCGUAUGUUGCGACUCCGAAAAACACUCUGUAUCUUGGACCAGCCUCGCCAGGGCAGAUCGCCUUACAAAUUGCCUCUGCAAAGGGGAAUUCUGGCCUGAAUGUAGAAUACCUUGUUCGUUUAGCGGAUUUCAUGAGGGAAAAAGUGCCAGAUUAUGACGAACAGCACUUGUUUGAUUUGGAGAAAUUAGUUAAGAAAGAGUUAGGACUCCCCACUGAUGUUUCCACGCCUUGGCCUCAGCUAAAACACAACUUGAUCAGUCGUGGAUGAAAUGAAAACAAUGGGCGGUGGUUGUGAAUAGGACAUUGGUUGUGAAUAGGACAUUACCUUAUGAAAGAAUCGAUAAUUUUAUGAAAUAUUGACUAGAAGCAACCGCAAUCGUUAUCUAUUGCAAAGAAAAGAGGAAAACCACUUUGUAAAUGACGUCCACAACGUCGAAUGACUUUGUAUCAAUGUCGAAUUACUUCACUUUAGAACUAUUUCAAUUUUAAUAUGAUUUAUUUCAGGGGAAGAAAUUGUUUGGGAUUAGCAGAGGGCAUAUAAAAGGUUAUUUAUAUCUUCGCGUAUAUCUUAAUGAAGAUAAUUAUUUGAUCGAUGAACACUUGAAAACAAGGAUGUUAUAUUUAUUUAAUGCAAAUAGCCAAAGUUGUGCCGAGCCCUAUGUUGAACUACUUCAACUUUGUUUCACAAAUUCUCAUCUUUAUGUUAAAGUUUAAGUCUUUCGUCAAAAUAGACCACAUAAGUUGGAAGGGCCUGAGGUGUAUGUUAAAACGACUGUGCUACCUUAGAAAAAUUGCAUGCCAAUAAUUAACUUUCUCUUCGGAGGUCCGAAGGACAGUGUCAAACUAGCGCACGGUUUGGAUACAUUUGGCGUUGUGAAAAGGUUAGGUAUUUUGUAAAUGUGUAAAAGUGAUGAAUUACAGGUUGCGUUAAAAAAAAAAAAGAAACCGAUUUUUUGAUUAAACAAAUGCG